GAUAAUCCGCAUGUCAUUCAAUUCAAUUCGAAAUUUCUUUUUUGCAAAAAUCAAACAUUGAAAAAAAAUGAAAUUCAUAACUAUCGUGGCAAUCGUAAUAUCAGCAUUGAUUCAAAAUGGUUGGUCAUGUCGUACGAUUGAAGAGCUGGAUGAAUGUGCUUAUUCAUUUGAUAUUCUAACAAAUACGGGGAUUCCGAUACCAAAAAAUGAUCAAGAAGUACAGGAUUUAUGCGACAAAACACAAUCAGGUCUGAAAUGUUUAAGUGAUGAUGCAAAAGAAUGUGCUAAAGGUUCGGUUAAAGCUGUAUUGGUUAAAGUUAUCACUGAUUUGGCUAAUGGUAUUAAUCAAAGAUGUGCCGAUUCAGGUGAACGUGCUGAAUUUGCUAAACAUGUUCAAUGUUUUCAUGAUGAAUCGAAGGCGGCACCGAUUCGUAAUUGUGUCAAUAGACAUAUUGUUAUGAUGGAACGUGUAUCGAAUUUGGAUAAACCAUUACGUUUAGGUGGUGCUUGUUGUGGUUCACAUUAUUAUCGUAAAUGUUUAAUCGAUUCAAUACAACAAAGUUGUGGUGGUGAUUCAGCUGAUUAUUUUAAUGAAGUGAUUGAUGCUGCUAUCGGUCAAAAUAUGGAAUUAAUGUGUAAAGAUUUAUCCGAUACGGAUAAAUGCGAAGCUAAAUAUGAUUCAACAACAUUAACAGAAUUGAAAACAAUAAUGGAAUCAAGUGAACCAAUUCAAUCAAAUCAAUAUAAAACAUUGAUUCCAAUUAUUGUUAAAAUGCUUAGAGAAGCUUGAGAAUAACUAUCAAAACAAAAAGUAUCGAUUAGUAGAUCGAUAAUGA